AUGGCUAACUACAAGCCAUCUGUUUUCAAACCAUACGAAAGUGUGAUAGUCCAAAUUCGGAAAUCAGUGACAAGACAUGUCCGAUCCAAUGGAGAAAUACCAAGUUUUUCUCAACCAGUGAUCCUGGAUACGUCAAGAGCAAAACGAAUUACGCUUAAUGAAAAGCAUGUUCUCGACAUAUUAUCCAAGUUCUCCGAUCGAAUUGACUCUCAUUGGUGUACUGCCGUUGCACAUUUUGCUGUUCAUGUUUUGAAAAUGCCAAUAGAUCGUUCCAAGAUCAUGAACUACGCUAACCAAUGGAGACAAAACAAGCGAUUACGAGAGAAGGUUUCCAAAUUGUUCUGA